AUGAAAGAGUUUGGUAGGAGCAGCUGGAUUGCAUUGAAAUGGAUCCUCAUAUAUCUAAAAGGCAACAAGAAUCUGGGGAUUUUGUUCAAGAAGGUUGAUUCUGGAAAUGGUGAUCCAUUGAUUGGAUAUUGUGACUUAGACUUUGCAACAAAUUUAGACAAUAGAAAGUCUCAGACAGGAUACAUAUAUAAGUUGUAUGGUGCUGCUGAAAGUUGGAAAUCAACAUUACAAUCGGUUGUUGCUCUAUCCACUACAGAAGCCGAGUACAUUGCCCUCACAGAGGCAGUGAAGAAGAAGUCUGUGGUGGUUGUACCUGAAUGUUCUCCAGAAUUGAAGCCCGUCGUCGGUCAGAAAUUCCAAUCCCUUGCUUUCACUUUCACGUUUUACGAUGUAUAUGCCCGCGUUGUUGGUUUUGAUACGUGCAAACAAGGGAUGAGGAAGGCGGACGAUGUUACAACCUGGUAUUAUCUUGUAUGCAAUAGGGAAGGCAAGAAAAAGUCGAAAGAGGAUGACCAAUUGAAUGCACAGUCUGGUUUUUCUAUGAAGCGCAGACGGUUAUCCAAGCGGUGUGGUUGUAAAAUGAGUAUAUCGUUCAAGUUCUCCCCGAAGGAGGAGUUCCAGAAAUUCAUUCUUGACUGUUCCAAGGCUAAUAUAGGCCCCACACUUACCUUUAAGGUGUUGAAGGAAAUUCUCGGUGGGUUUGACCUAGUCGGUUGCACUGUCGGGGAUAUCAGGAAUGCUUCUCGAGACAUCAAAGCAUACGCAUAUGGUUUCGAUGUGCAAAUGGUGUUGGAUGAUAUGGCUAAGAAGAAGGAAAUGUCCGAGGCGUUCACAUAUCACUACGAAGUUAAUGCUACUAACCAGUUGGUUGCUCUGUUUUGGUGUGACUGCAUGAUGAAGAGGAAUUACCACAUGUUUGGUGAUAUUGUGGCCUUUGACUCCACGUACAACACAAACAGGUAUUGUAUGAUCUUCACUCCUUUCACGGGAAAGAACAAUCAUGGAAGACCAGUAACCUUCGCUGCCGGAUUGGUGUGCAACGAGAAAACAAGGGCAUUUGCUUGGUUGUUCAGGCAUUUUGUUGAAUGCAUGGGUGUAGCACCCAAGAUGAUCGUAACAGAUCAAGACUUGGGCAUGAGAUCAGCUAUAGAAGAGGUUCUUGUUGGCACUCGACACGGAUGGUGUAUGUGGCAUAUAAUGCAUAAGUUGGCCACCAAGGUUCCAAACAGGUUGCUUAGGGCCGAAGAUUUCAAGAAGGAAUUCAAUGCCUGCGUUUGGACGGACCUGCUCGAAGACGUUGACUGGUUCAACACAUUUUUUCCCCAACAUGAUUUUGGAGAGGAACCUGAUGAGGUGGACGUGGUGAAGAUGUGGGUGAUGAACAUGAAGGUGGAGGCUGGGAAGGCCGCGCCGUAUAGCGGCGCGAUGGACUGCGCGGUGAACAUGAUCAAGGCCUUUGGCGCUACAAAGGAUUUAUUCCAACCGUUUCGAGGCAGAGCCCUUUCACCGUUGUUCUAA